UCUUGCCUUUUGCACUCCUCUCUUGUUAAGCUUUGUGUUAUAUGUGAAGCCUAGCUGUGUCUUGGAUGCAACAAAGAAUUUACAGGCUUGGAGAGGCCAACCCCUUCGUUCAUGAGUGGGUCUGAUCUGUCUCUACGACAACAGGACAUAAACAAAUGGGGUAUCACUGUCCCAGUUGAAGCCAGUCAGUUGCCAGUUACAACAGUGCCAAGUCCAGAACUGAUGGUCAAAUAAUCGCUCAUCCUAUUAGAAGUGACCUUGACAUCUUUCACCAUGCCCACCAAAUCCAGGAAAUCAAGGUCCCACAGUUCUAGGCCCGCCAAGAAGACUGGGAGUCCAAAAACACCCAAAAAGAGGUCCUCUAGUGCCAAAUCCACCAAGACAGAGGUGGACAUCCUCAGCCCAGCAGCCAUGGAGAACGUCUACUACAUUUCUCACAAUGCAGUGGACUGUCUGGAGUUCAGAGGCUUUGGGUGGCCAAAUUCAAAUAAAAAGAAGAAAAAGAAGAAGGGAACAAAACGGAAGAAGAAAAAGUAAAUUAUAAUUUUUGCCAAAUUUUAAAUACCUAAAUUUGAAAUACCUUGCUGAUGGCCCCAUCUGGUGGACACAUUUGUAGUAAUACAGCAAGUAUACCAAGUUUUGACAGCUGUGGAACCAGUGCAAUGCAGAUAUGUUUUGUUUUUCUUCCACAAAUUCAUACAUGUGCAAAAU